AUGAGUCAUUCUCCAAACUUGAACGCACAACCAAAAAAGGGUAUUUUAAAAAAGACAAAGUCAACCCCUGAGACGACAAGAUUGAGAUGGGAUGAAGCUAAUUUAGAAUUAACGGAGGCACAAAAGGAUUCUACCAUGAAAAUCACAGAACCCAAGACACCUUAUGUACGCUAUAAUUCAGAGACAGACCAAGUUCUCAAUAUGGAUGAGAUACCCGAUGGAUUCAUUUUGGACAGAGGCGCGGAAUCAGAUAAAUCAAGUGUCACGUCGAAUGGAUCAAAAGGAUCACGCCGAAGAGUAUCAGUAAGUGACGAUGAUUGGGAUGCAGAUGAAGAAAAUAAGACAGAAGAAGAAAAGCAAGAAGCUAAAAGACGUCAUGAAGAAUUUCUUCGAAAGAGAGCUAUGCAUUAUAAUAUGGGAGCUGCUUUAAGAAAGAACAAGGACACGGAUGAUGAAGAAGGAGAGCCUAUGGAGGAAUAA